AUUGCCAAAGCUGGAGAACCAAAUAAUCUAUCGCCGGUCUCACCUGGAGUACUGUUCAUGGACCCGGCGGUUCACGCUACGCUAAGAAGAAAACAAAGAAGAUUGGCCAGAGAGAACCCAGGAGUUUUGGCCGCAGUCGCCAAGGGCGCCAGUAUGGCGGUCGCGGAAUGUCAACACCAAUUCAAAUAUAGAAGAUGGAACUGCUCCACGAGAAACUUUCUAAGGGGCAAAAACUUGUUCGGAAAAAUUGUGGAUCGAGGUUGCCGUGAGACCGCCUUCAUCUACGCUAUAACGAGCGCCGGAGUGACCCACUCCGUGGCCCGCGCCUGCGCCGAGGGCUCCAUAGAAUCGUGCACGUGCGACUAUUCGCACAUCGACCGCGUGCCGCACAGAACCCGGUCGGCGGCCGCGGCCAACGUGCGCGUCUGGAAGUGGGGCGGCUGCAGCGACAACAUCGGCUUCGGAUUUCGCUUCAGCAGGGAGUUCGUUGAUACCGGAGAACGGGGCAAGACUCUAAGGGAGAAAAUGAACCUGCACAACAACGAAGCCGGCAGAGCGCACGUGCAAACGGAGAUGAAGCAGGAGUGCAAGUGCCACGGCAUGUCAGGCUCGUGCACCGUGAAGACUUGCUGGAUGAGGCUGCCGAGCUUCAGGUCGGUGGGUGACUCGCUGAAGGACCGGUUCGAUGGCGCGUCACGCGUGAUGCUGUCGAAGGCGGAGCUCGAGACGCCGGCGCAGCGCAACGAGGCGGCGCCGCACCGGGUGCCGCGCAAAGACCGGUAUCGGUUCCAGUUGCGCCCGCACAAUCCGGACCACAAGUCGCCCGGGGUCAAAGACCUCGUCUACCUGGAAUCGUCGCCGGGAUUCUGCGAAAAGAAUCCGCGUCUAGGUAUCCCCGGCACGCACGGCCGCGCCUGCAACGAUACUAGCAUCGGUGUGGACGGCUGCGACCUGAUGUGCUGCGGCCGCGGCUACAAGACAAACACGAUGUUCGUGGUUGAGAGAUGCAACUGCACGUUCCAUUGGUGUUGCGAGGUCAAGUGCAAGCUGUGUCGUACGGAAAAAGUGGUGCACACGUGUUUAUAGGUGAGCGCUAGAUGGAAGCGACGGAACAAACUCUAGUGUUGCCGUUUGUGACUGUGACCCGAGUCGAACGCGGACCCGUCCCAGCAUCCGAAGCCAGAUAACGGACCCUGUACAUAAUCACUUCGCUUUUUCAUCCAUCGGAGUCGUCGAAUACGUAUUUCAUGUUGACUUAUGUAAAUAGUUCUGUACCGAUGUUUAUUUUGUUCUUUCUUACGCGAUAAUUGAUCCGGCGUGAAAUUAAAGUGAUCUAGCUAUUCGUUCGGUUAAUUUAUUUGGCUAUUAAAUGCGAACAUGUGAUCUAAUAAAGUUAUUUUCGUGAACACUGUCGUUGGGAAAUUGAUGAGGCCAGUUUAAGUACGAUUUAUUUACGGCGAGCGAUCACGGCGCUUUGGUAACUAAUUGGACUUGUUUGUUUCCCCUCGCGGUCGGUAGUUAAUUACAUGUACAAAGUACGAUAACUUUA